UUCAAUAAAAUUAAGGCUCCAAUCUACAAAUUAAGAUUUGAUGUCCUCAUGUGAAAGAACUGUACAGAUUAAGAUUUGUUGAACUGUAAGAGAUUCCCUUUUAAAACUUUUUAACAUAAAUCCGAGCUAUCUGUUAAAGGCCAAUUUUGAAUUCACACAGACAAGUUAUCUGAACCAACACGACAAUUUAUGGGUCGAUUUUGAAACUGGCUUUUCGUCCUCAACUGAAAGCAAAUCGUAGCAAUCCUUUUAACAAAAAAUGAUCAGUUGACAUCUGAACUGGUACUAGUAUCUAGACUAAUGAUACAAGGAGAAUAGAGCAAAGAAUUCAAACAAUGUCGAAUGCUGUUGUGGAGAUCUCUAUCUACAUUCACAAAUUUCAUAAUCUCGAUCUCUUCCAACAAGGAUGGUACAAGCUAAAGGUGAAUUCAAGGUUGGAGGGUUCUGAAGAUGCUGCUCGGGGCGUUCCUACUCGUGUAGUGCAAUAUGAUGUGCCAAGUUCAGGUUCAGAUGAGAAUGCUGGUGUCUGGCAGAUUGAUAACGACGACCAUAGUUUUUGCACUUGUCCUUUUCUAAUCAAAUAUGCACGACAGGAUGUUUAUCUGUCAGUGAUGGUGUCCUUUACUUUGGAUUUAACAGUGUCAAAGACGCUUUUGACAUCUGGAGUCUUAUUGAAGUUUGAACUAUUCUAUGCCUCAAUUCGUGAAACUUCUUUGACAGCUGAAAGUCCUUCCAACUUUUCUCCUGCUUCCGUCCAUGAAAUUCGCGUUCCUCCGAAAGCUCUUUUGGGUUUGCAUUCUUAUUGUCCCAUUCACUUUGAUGCAUUGCAUAUGGUGCUGGUAGACUUAAGCAUACAUGCUGUUCUCUACACAGCUAUUCCCAAAUUAUCUGCAAGCAAUGAGAGUUUGCCAGAGAAUAGUCAGAAAGGGGUUAGAACUACAAGUGAUCUGGCUAUGAGCUCUACAGAAUCUGGAGUUGGUGCUGAGGAUAUUGCCCUGUGGAAAUUGCUGUGUGCUUCCCAUAAUAUACUUAUUAAUGAGAUUGAAAACAUUGGUAGGGGAAUCAAUCGGAAUAUUGAUGAUCUGAUAAAAAUGGAACAAGUGACCCUUAAAUCUAUUCUGGAAAAGGAGAAAUUAGCUUCUGGAGAAUCAGUAAAUAUAUUUACACCAUUGGACAAGCAAGAUAUUGAACUGUCUGAAGUGGUUGAAGGGAAUAACUGGUCAGUGAUAUCCAAGGCAGAUAUGCUAAAAGCAUUCCGGGCAUUGGAAACCCAGCUUUCAUCUAUUUGGAGUUCAUUUUUGGCAUUCCACAGAGAGCAUAGGAUAGAAAUCCUGGAGUAUUUACGUCAUGUAUGGGUGGAAGAUCGGAGCACAGAGUGGUCAAUGUGGUUGGUACACAGGAUGGAACUUAAGCAAAAUGAUGCAUCCAAUGGAGAUUCUAGUGAUGAUUCUCGCUACUUGCAAUUUUCUAAGGAAUCUUUCGCAAGAGCUUCCAAUGAAGAUCCAGCAUUAGUUGCAGCAGCUUCUGCUGAGCUGCAUCGAAGAAGCAUCGAGCAAAUGAAGAUAAAUAACCGCUUUCUUCAAGAUAUGCAAAUUUUUGGUAGUCUAUCUCAGGUGCCAGUCCUUUAUAUUGAACGUCAUUUGAUACAGUCUCAGAGUUCUUGUUUGGUUGAAGAUGCCGUUUCCUCGACCCUAAAUGGUGCUUCAGACAAAGUUGGAGAUGUCAUCAUACCAAAAGAGAGAGUAGCAAGUUUGCCUUCAAAAAUGGCGAAUCCUAGUUUAGCUAGAAGGGCAUUGAGGGUGGUUGUCUUUGUCCAUGGAUUUCAGGGUCAUCAUCUAGAUUUACGAUUAGUCCGGAAUCAAUGGCUCUUGAUUGAUCCAGGUGCUGAGAUUAUCAUGUCAAAGGCCAACGAAGAUAGAACUACUGAUGAUUUUAGAGAACUUGGGCAAAGGUUAGCACAAGAGGUUUCACAUUUUUUAGAAAGGAAAUUUGCUACAGCUUUGCGAAAGGACACUUACGGUAGUUUCAGGCUAAGUUUUGUUGGACAUUCGAUUGGUAAUAUAAUCAUCAGAGUUGCAUUAACAGAUGCUGCAAUGAAGCCCUACCUGAACAACUUAUAUACCUUUCUGUCUAUAUCGGGGCCUCAUCUAGGAUACUUUUACAGUUCAAACACUUUGUUCAGUUCUGGUUUAUGGCUUUUCAAAACGCUUAAAGGAUCUCCUUGUAUGCACCAACUAACAUUUACAGAUCAAACAGAUAUUCAUAACUGUUUUCUUUUCAGGCUAAGUCAGGAAAAAACAUUCGAGCAUUUCCAAAAUGUAAUUUUGCUUUCAUCUCCACAGGAUCGCUAUGUUCCCUACCAUUCUGCACGUGCUACAAUAUGUCAAGCAGCCAUUCAGGACUCCAAGAAAGGACCAGCUUAUAAAACCAUGCUGAAAAAUUGCUUGGAUCAGAUAUUAAUGCCUACUACAAGUGAACGCCACUUUAUACGUUGUGAUGUGAACUUUGAUACUACUUCUCAGGCUGGAAGCCUCAAUAAUUUUAUCGGCCGAACAGCUCACAUUGAAUUUUUAGAAACCUGUCUAUAUGCAAAAUUUUUAAUGUGCUCGUUUCCUAAGAUGUUUUCUUGACUAUAGGUCGAGUACAUAGAUAUUAAUGUCCCUAUAAGGCUGCAAGACAGUUUAUGGAACCUAUGUAGCAUAUAUGGUCAUCUCUUAUGCUCAACCUCCACACUAGUUGUAUCUUCUACUGUAAGAUGUGCUUGAGAUUGACUGAUCAUCUUCUGCAUAGGAGGAUUUGUAAAUUCAUUUUGCCUAUGAGGCUAAGGAAAGGAAAUUAUGCUAAUAUGUCGAUCCA